UAGGCCAAAUCUUUCCGGGUAUUUUAGUUUUAUCCUGUCAUUAAACCGUGACCGUUAGAGUGGAUUUCCCCGACAAGUGGCUCAGCAGCUCAGAUAAAGGAACAGCGAGAUAAAAAAUGAGAUUAAAAAAGAUAACACCAGAUAUCGGCCCACUUCCUCGCUGUGAAGGAGCCGACAUGAAGGGGUUAAUGAAACUGGAAGUGUCUGGAGGACCCUCCCUCCCAUCCGACUCAAAGCAAAGUUCCUGAUUCACAAAACGUUACUCGUCGCCAAAUUCUAACCAGCAGAAAGUCCCGUCGGUGUCUCCAGAGUUGGAUAAUAAACGCAAGAACAAGUCUGUGUGUUAAGAAGAAGCAAAAGAAGAAGAAGAAAAGUCGCUUUGUGAUGCAGAGUUGUUGACCUCACUGCAGCUGCUCUGACCGAAGUUUACGGACUGACAAGAUGCGUUCCACUGUGAUCGGAGCACAGAGCUCAGUUGUCAGUGAAGGGACUCAAAGCAACAACAACAACAACAGUGGCAGCAGCGAGAGAGAACACACUGGGAAUUCAGGCUCCCAGUACGCGCUGUGUGCUCUGGGGGUUGGACUUAUCGCCCUCGGUGUGGUGAUGAUCGUGUGGAGCGUCGUACCUGCAGACGUCGCCGGUAACAGCAGCCUGCCAGGAGGAGGCCCCAGCCCCGGUGACAGGAGGAAUAAAGCGUCUUCUGUGGCCUUCGUGCUGGCGGGCUCCGGGGUGGUCAUGCUGCUGCUUUCCCUGUGUCUGGGAAUGAGGAACAAACAGCGGGAGAUGAGGUUCCACGAGGCCCAGAGCAGCAGAGCCGAGGCGGAAAGGGUGCAGGAGGCGAUAGAAAGUGCUGAGGAGCAAGCCCAGCGUUAUGCCGUACCCACCUAUGAAGAGGCAGUAGGCAGCGGUCAGUAUCCCGUCCGUCAGAGCAACCUUCGCCCAAGCGCCUCCCAGCUCCCUUCCUACGACGACCUGGUCCAAGUGGAUGGCGUACAGUAUGAGAACGAGGGAUCAGAGGUCACGACUGCUGGACCACAGCCUGCUCCAUCGUCUGACGCUCCCAACGCUCCCAACGCUCCCAAUGCUCCCCCUCCUCCUGCUGCUGCUGCUGCUUCUGCGUCGAAUCGUAGACCUGCGAAAAACAACCGCAAGCUCCUCCCUAUCAAGAUCCGCAGGAUUAAAUCAGAGAAGCUGCACAUGAAAAACGUUGAUAACGCUCAGCCAGCCGCUGGAAUCAGCAUCGAACCGCUCACCCCACCGCCGCAGUAUGACGAUAAAGUACCUCCCAUCUAAAAUCAAGCUCCUGGAAUCCCUCAUGAUCGCUUGGUCUGGAUUUGGAUCUGCUUUGUUUCGCCAAGACUUGACUAUGGCGCCUUGCAGAACACACUCGGUGGCACUUUGUUGUAAAAUACAUCCUUGCGCCACAGAACUCUAAAGCCAGAACAGAAGAAAGCUUUAUUUUAUUUUGGAUCUCACUGGACAUGGGAAUCGGAUACAGAUAAUCGCCGGAUCCUUACUGUGGCAGAAUUUGUCAAACGUACUGGAUUUACUGCAUUCUGUGAUAGUGGGCUCCUGUUAGUACACGACCUCCACCGUGCACUGAUUGUGACAAAAAUCACAACACAUCAGCGAGAGGUUACAGUAAGAAUUAUUAUUUAAAUAGAUAAGAGCAGUGUUUAACAGUGGAAGGCUGUUCAGCGGUUUAAUGUGGGCUCCAUAGUGAGUGCUGUAAGUACUCGGUGUCACGCUGCACAGAAACUCUUCCUCACCGUCCACAGUUCUCUCUCUGCAUGUCCUCUUGACCUCACCAGAGAACGAGAGACAAAUUGGAUUUGUUUAAAACGUUGUGCACACGGGCCAGUCUGUUGGAUGUUGGGGCAUCGGUCAGCUGAAGUAGAAUGUACUUUUCAUAAUUAUGUUUUCCUUAGUGUCUAUUUGUGUGUAGUUCUGAAUCAUUGUGGCUGAGUUUUUUUUUUUUUUUACACCUGUGUAGGAAGUGAGUUCUCCUCCACAGAGCCCACUAUGUUCCUACAAGUGCCCAGAAUAGAUGGAGCAAACGCUGGCUCCACAGAGGGACGUACAGAAGGUGUAGUUCUCCUACAUGCUUGGACAGGUCAGCUGUAAUCUGCAGCCUCCCUGUUUAGAUGCCACUAAAUGCUACUCGCUGGUCCCUUAAUAGCAGCUUUGGUUUCACUGGACUUUGAUUUUGAGUUUUCUUUGUCUCCCUGCCUGCAAACCUGGAACAUCUGGUUUUCUUUACACACCAGCGUCCCACUUAUCAGCGCUAUUUUGAGACUCUUCUCUCUGUAACUCGUAUAAAACGAAGCUUUGUUAUCAUUUAUCAGCCCAGCCUCCUGUGACUCUCAGCCAUAGGCGGUCUGUGGAACACUACUCUAGCCUAAAGUGAAUGUUAUUUGAGUCAGGGCUAACAAAAUAUCCCCUGUUGUGUUUGGGUUUCGUAUCAAACCACUUGUGUUCCCAUCCAAAGCAGCAGUAUUUUUGACAACCCUGGUUUAUGUUUCUCUUUGGAAAGAAACUCUCUACAGGCGUGAUCGAACCGAGGCUAAAAAAAGAUGUAAAACUUGUGGGUUUUGUUUUAUUUCAGACGCUUCACUGUGUCAGAAAUAAUCCAAAAUGAGUAAGUUGCUGGCAGGGAAGCGAUGCUUUCCCCGCUGCCCAUUAGAGGACUGCUUUUUUUAUUCAUGGAAUAUGUUCUGAAAAUUAUUCUAAUUUUAUAAUUAGUAUUUCAAACUUAGUUAACUUCUGCAUUGUGUUAUAAAAAUCAUGUUUCAGUUAUAUUUGACUGCACACUGGGCCCUGUUCUGUCUUAUCCUGCUUUUUGUUAUAUUCAGGAUAGACAGGAUCAUAUUAGAAUAUCCCCCAAUUUGGAGCAUAAAUAGCAUGUUUAGUUUUAGCUCUUUGUUUCACAGUGGUGUGACUGAAUGAAUUACAGGCUUGGAAAACUCGAUUUCCUGCUAAACUCUGUGUGUAGUUUCUCAUCAGUAUCAGUGUUUGUUAUGUUAGCACAAUAAGAGUUUUAUUAAAUGUCAAUGACAGACUUUUAAAAGUAGAUCAGAUGCAAUUACUAAAUAUUUAUUCCUCUUCGUUGGUGGUGCCUGAGGCUGCCUAUGCAAAAAAAAACAACUCUCCCUGAUUGCUGCAUUUAGUGUCAGUAGUUUAAUUGAGUGUGGCAUGAACUGUUAUCAUUGCUUCUUUAAAGGUCUCAUACUGUGCUGUUGAAAGUCUCACACUUCCCCAGAACACGUCUUCAUUUAUUAAUGAGUGUGUGAGGCAAGGCCUUUCUAGCACUUCUAACUUUCUCUCUGAGUGAUCAUUUUACGUUGAGUUUCUAGCACAGAUAUUGUUUUUAACUCAUUUUUUAGGGUUAGUUUGUGAGACAGUCAGCAGCUCGGACGUGGUUCUAAAGUGACCGCCCCAUCAACACGUACUCUACUUGAUCCAUUAUCUGACUACAGAAACAGAAAAAUAAUGCAAAUAAGAGCAGAUUUAUGGAGACUUAGGCUGUAUUAAAAUACUGUAUGUUGUGAGCACAGAGAGCAGGAGAGAAGCAAACAGAUUUUAACAGUGGCUGAACUGAGUAAUCCGCUUAGUCCUUGAAGUUAGCACGAUCUCUGAAUGUCUACAGAGUUCUAACUUGUGGAUAUACAGAGCAAAUGGUGUUAUUUACAUUAGCCGCACAAUAUGCUAGCACUAAGGAUUUUUCUAUCGUUGUGGUGACAUGACCUUUAUUAAUAAGUGAUUAACUGGGCCUUCAGCACCUCAGAUGCAUGAAGAUUAUUCACUCUUUCAGUCAACGUAUAUUGUGUUUUUCUCACAGUUUAGACAUUUUAGAGUUAGCAGAAAUAGCUAUGCAGAGUAAAGAAACCUAGCACAAUUUAAGACAGAUGCUCUUUUGGAAUAACUCAUCCUAAAGUUUAUUUUUUUAUACACAAAUUAUUCAAAGCUACGUAACCAUUGGUCAGUUGGAAUGUCAGUAAAAUGCCUGCUGGCUGUCAAAGCUGGGAGGUUAUCUAGUUGUAAAAAGAUUUCAGGAUCAUCCCAAGUAAAUGUUUUCACAUCUGAGCAGCUUUUAUGUUGCACCUGUAGCUUCAUAACAACCACAAAAUGCAAUAAAAAUGAAAAAAUACAUAUAAAGAUUUUCACUGUAUGAGAUGCGUGAAGCUGUAGUAACCAGUUUUGACCAGCAGAGGGACCAAAGUUGCCAAAUCAAACCCGAUGUGCCAUCAGUUGGUCACUUUGCCGGGGUAAGCAACUUAGCAAGUGACAAACAUUUCUGCAUUUCCACCAUUAAAGCCAGGAUUCAGUAACUCUUCCUGAGAAACCACUUUCUAGGAAGAAAUUACUUUACAGGGUGUUCAAGGCCCCAUUUUCUGGAGUCGUUAUGCAGCCGUAAUAAGUUUGUUCUCCUGUUUUACACACUAAAGUGCCUUUGUGCUCAGAGCAACACUUCCUAAAACAUUUCAAAAGACACUGUACGACUGAAGCUGUGUUAAGUCCACUGUUGCUCCUCUGACAGAAGGAAGGAGGAACUGGUGAGUAGCUGAAAGCCUUUGCCCUGCAUUUGUGGAAAACACUGUGGAGUUGUGAGGGCUGUUUCUGCCUCUCUGGGCUUCUUUUUGUUCUUAUUUGAUGCGACCAACAGAAAGACUCUUUGACUGUGCAGCUGUGUGAUAAUUACAGCAACUGUUGCUCACUCCUUCCACCACAGCUUGACGUGUAGCCAUGUUUUUAGAUGAAACUAUGCAGAGAAUGAGCAGAAAGAGAAUAGAAGCCGCUCCAGGCUUUUUUUUUUCAGUGAAACGCUUUGAGUUGCAUCAGUAGACACUAUUCUAUCAAUACCUGUCAGCGCGCCUUUUUUUCCUCUUUGCUCAUUUAGAAAUGAACAGCUGAAGCCAGAUGAAUGACUUAUGAGUCACUCCUUUCAUUGUUACUAAUGUUUUAAAGUUGCACAGCUUCUCCUCUUUUGUUUUGUGAGAUAAAUGGCACCUUUCAUUCAUGUCUUCACUCCUACCUUCUGCUGGAGUAGAAUUAAAUCCAUUAAAGCUACUUUAUCAUCGUCAACAGAUUAUGUUAUUGCCAAGUUUCUCUCCGUUGAUUUAAAGUUAGCCUCAGCACAGAGGAGCAGAGUCAUAGUGUCUCUUCAGUGUUCUCUUUGGAGUUCAACACAUUUCUUUAACUUGUUAUCGAAGCUUGUCGCACGAUGUUCUUUGUUGUUCAUCAUGCUCCGUACUGCACACAUCGGCAUUGUACCUCAUUUGCAAAGGACCAGUUAACUACAUGAUUUUUUUUUUAGCUGUGUUGUCAAACUGUUUUACAUUGAUGAAUGAUGAUGUUUGGAUUCAGUCAUUUUUAUGCAGAUGAGUUCCCAAACCGAUGCUGUUUGUUGUCGGUUUCAUUUAUUGUUGCAUUUUUUAUCACUUAAAUCUCUGUACUGUGAAUAUAUGCGUUUCUAUGAUUCUAAUGUUUGUGUUGGAAAAUAAGUUUUUGUCUCAUGAAUAUUUUAUGAGAAAUAAAAGGAAGUAUUUGUUAAAUAA